AUGUGUCCACAACCAAUAUUAUUUUUCAGCAUUGCAGAAGAAAACCGAUUUCGUGAACACUGUGCUGCUGUGAAAAUCCAGAGUUGUUUCAGAGGGUUUAAGGUUCGAGCACACAUCAGAUAUGUACAGAAAGUAGCAAUCAUCAUACAGAAAACGUGGAGAGGUUAUCGGAGUAGAAUGGAUUUCAGAACAAUGGUGCAGAGAGCAUAUUUUAUUAUGAAGAUGAAUUUCUACAAUGAAAUGGCUGUCAGGGUAAAUAAAUCUCCCUCAUUAUUCAACAAACGAUGGCAUCAAAAUGUGCUCUAAGUAUGCUUUUAUACUAUAUUUGCUAAUCUAAAUCAGAAGCAAAGUGAGUAUCCGUCUGGAAAAGUGCCAACUUCUUUCAUUUAAUAUAGUUCAGACAAAGGAAUUCAAUUUAUAAUAUAAAUAGUUCUUAGAAUUAUAUUUCUACACACCAAGGUGGUUUAUAAAUGUAACAGAAUUUAAUAAUGUGUAUGGUUGAACUUUAAUAUAUACAGGUGUAUGUUA